AUGAUUUUUGUCUGUAAGCUGUGUGAGGUGUUUAAAUGCUCAUCGACUCUCUCCACUCACCUGCUGAUCCACUCCAACACUCGGCCUUACUCCUGUCAAUACUGCGGCAAGAGAUUCCACCAGAAAUCUGACAUGAAGAAACACACCUUCAUACACACUGGUGAGAAGCCACACGUGUGUGUGGUGUGUGAGAAGGCAUUCAGCCAGAGCUCCAACCUGAUCACUCACAGCAGGAAGCACAGCAACUACAGACCGUUCCGCUGCCUGCACUGCCCGCUUGGCUUCCAGAGGAAACUGGACCCGCAGCGACACCUCGAGACGCACUGCAGCAGCAGCAUUUUUUUUAAUUAG